CCCGCGGGCUUACGGGGCGGCGCGGGCCCUUUAAGAGCAGCGGGACCGGCGAGCAGUAGCUUGGAGCAGAGCGCAGUCGCCCGGCGGGCUCGGAGGACACCUCGCCGGGACCCGACUCAGAGAUCCGGGUGUGCCCAGCCCAGCGAAGUCGAGAAGUGACCUCAACCGCCCCAGCCCAACCUUGUCAUCCAUCUCCUGUGACCUGAGGAUCGGCUCCCCUCUGUCGCCGGUCCUGCCCGGGCCCCGCCCCGGCCCCGGCCACCGGGACCGGGAGCCGGGACGCCGGUGCCGCAGCCCGAGGCAGGUAAGGAGAGCCCUGACUCUCCAUCCAUCCUCGCCGGUGGCAACGCUAAGCAUCUGGGCCCCGCGCCGGCCCGGCCCGGGGGCGCGUCAAGGCGGGCGGCGUGAUGGCGGAGAAGGCGCUGGAGGCCGCGGGCUGUGGACUAGGGCCGGGGGCUGUAGCCAUGGCCGUGGCUCUGGAAGACGGGGCGGAGCCCCCCGUGCUGACCACGCACCUAAAGAAGGUGGAGAACCACAUCACUGAAGCCCAGCGCUUCUCCCACCUGCCUAAGCGCUCAGCUGUGGACAUCGAGUUCGUGGAGCUGUCCUAUUCUGUGCGGGAGGGGCCCUGCUGGCGCAAGAGGGGUUAUAAGACCCUUCUCAAGUGCCUAUCAGGUAAAUUCUGCCGCCGGGAGCUGAUUGGCAUCAUGGGCCCCUCGGGGGCUGGCAAGUCCACAUUCAUGAACAUCUUGGCAGGAUACAGAGAGUCUGGAAUGAAGGGGCAAAUCCUGGUCAAUGGGCGGCCACGGGAGCUGAGGACCUUCCGAAAGAUGUCCUGCUACAUCAUGCAGGAUGACAUGCUGCUGCCACACCUUACAGUGUUGGAGGCCAUGAUGGUCUCUGCUAACCUGAAGCUGAGUGAGAAGCAAGAGGUGAAGAAGGAGCUGGUGACAGAGAUCCUGACAGCACUCGGCCUGAUGUCCUGCUCCCACACGAGGACAGCCCUGCUCUCCGGUGGGCAGAGGAAGCGCCUGGCCAUCGCCCUGGAGCUGGUCAACAACCCACCUGUCAUGUUCUUUGAUGAGCCCACCAGCGGUCUGGACAGCGCCUCCUGUUUCCAAGUGGUGUCCCUCAUGAAGUCCCUGGCACAGGGGGGCCGUACCAUCAUCUGCACCAUCCACCAGCCCAGUGCCAAACUCUUUGAGAUGUUUGACAAACUCUACAUCCUGAGCCAGGGUCAGUGCAUCUUCAAAGGCGUGGUCACCAAUCUGAUCCCCUAUCUGAAGGGGCUCGGCUUGCAUUGCCCCACCUACCACAACCCGGCUGACUUCAUCAUCGAGGUGGCCUCUGGCGAGUAUGGAGACCUGAACCCCAUGCUGUUCAGGGCUGUGCAGAAUGGGCUCUGCGCCAUGGCUGAGAAGAAGAGCAGCCCAGAGAAGAACGAGGUCCCUGCCUCCUGCCCCCCUUGCCCUCCAGAAGUGGAUCCCAUUGAAAGCCACACCUUUGCCACCAGCACCCUCACACAGUUCUGCAUCCUCUUCAAGAGGACCUUCUUGUCCAUCCUCAGGGACACGGUCCUGACUCACCUACGGUUCGUGUCUCACGUGGUGAUCGGUGUGCUCAUCGGUCUUCUCUACCUGCAUAUUGGCGAUGAUGCCAGCAAGGUCUUCAACAACACCGGCUGCCUCUUCUUCUCCAUGCUGUUCCUCAUGUUUGCUGCCCUUAUGCCAACUGUGCUCACCUUCCCCUUAGAGAUGGCAGUCUUCAUGAGGGAGCACCUCAACUACUGGUACAGCCUCAAAGCGUACUACCUGGCCAAGACCAUGGCCGAUGUGCCCUUUCAGGUGGUGUGCCCGGUGGUAUACUGCAGCAUCGUGUACUGGAUGACGGGCCAGCCAGCUGAGACCAGCCGCUUCCUGCUCUUCUCAGCCCUGGCCACCGCCACUGCCUUGGUGGCCCAAUCUCUGGGGCUGCUGAUUGGAGCUGCCUCCAACUCCCUGCAGGUGGCCACCUUUGUGGGCCCAGUUACCGCCAUCCCUGUCCUCUUGUUCUCCGGCUUCUUUGUCAGCUUUAAGACCAUCCCCACUUACCUGCAAUGGAGCUCCUACCUCUCCUAUGUCAGGUAUGGCUUUGAGGGCGUGAUCCUGACAAUCUAUGGCAUGGAGCGGGGAGACCUGACAUGCUUAGAGGAACGCUGCCCCUUCCGGGAGCCACAGAGCAUCCUCCGAGCGCUGGAUGUGGAGGAUGCCAAGCUCUACAUGGACUUCCUGGUCUUGGGCAUCUUCUUCCUGGCCCUGCGGCUGUUGGCAUACCUUGUGCUCCGUUACCGGGUCAAGUCAGAGAGAUAGACCUUGCCCCUGACCUGCACCCCAGCCCUCGCAGCAGGAAGCCUCUGGCCCCAGCCCUUUGGGACUGUUUUAACCUUGUAGACUUGGGCACUGGUUGCUGGUAUAGCUGCCCUCCCCUCCCUCAGUCCUCCACAGGCUGGCUAUUGGACUGUACUUCUGGCCUGGGCCCUGGGAGUGGGGGCUCCAGUCCAUCCCACCAUGCCCAGGGUCUUUCCAAGUUGAUGCUGUUCGUAGCUUCCUCCCUACUCUCUCCAGCACCUGCAUGCAAGGACCACUGGGAGGCUGCCACCCUCCUUCUUGUCUGCGGCAUCCUCCUUGUUGUCUGCCUGGGAGCCCCAGGCUCUCCAGGAUCCCACUUAUAACUGACCAAAGUGGCCCCCUCUGGGGGUCCCCACCACACAAGUGUUUGUAAAUUGGGCUGCUAUAAGGUUGGAGUUCCAGGGCUGGGCCCUGGUGGGG